UUGGAUGGCGUGAACAUGCUUAAAUAGGAACGAACCAUGCACGUCUCCACUGAAGAAUCAAGAUGAUGGUUUUACUCUAAUAGAGGUAAAAGAUAUGUAAAGGAGAAGAUGAGGUUCAGUCAUGGACUUGUUCCACUCUUUCUCUUUCUCUGUGUCUUGGUUUGGAGCUGCUCUGAGACUCUCCAUUGCCAGGCCCAAACUCUCCCUCAAAGUGAAGUGGAUGCACUGAAGAAGAUUGGGGCGAGGUGGAGGAUGCAUUGGGACUUCACGGUAAACCCAUGCAAUGGGACCUCCGGUUGGUUUGACCAAACCAACCCGGCCAAGCCAAUUGGUGUCAUGUGUAGCGGAUGCGAUAUCGGCAAUUGCCAUGUUAUCAACAUUAUCCUCCCUGAUCAGAAUCUUACUGGUUCUCUCCCUGAUGAGUUCUCUAAUUUCACCUCCCUCCAAGUCAUCGAUCUCAGUUUGAAUUAUCUUAAUGGCACUAUCCCUUUUGCCUGGGCGUCACUCCCUCUUAUCAAUCUUAACCUUUGGGGGAAUCGCAUUACUGGACAAAUUCCUGAUCAGCUUGGCGAAAUCGCCACCCUUCAAUUCAUAAAUUUGGCAUCUAACCUGCUUGAAGGUUCACUUCCAGAGACUCUUGGCAAUCUAUCAAGAUUGGGAACAGUUGAACUUAGAUCAAAUAACUUCACCAAUAGCCUGCCAAAAUCACUGGGCAAUCUCAAAAGCAUGGUUAACUUCUUAAUCAGUGGUAAUCCCAUUAGUGGUGAAAUACCUGGUUUCAUCGGAAACUGGACAGAACUCCAAAUAUUACAUAUACAAGGCACCUUCCUGGAAGGUCCUUUUCCUCCCAUCUUCUCUACAUUGGGAAAAAUACGGUUUCUGGAAGUUUCUAACCUAAAGGGAGAUGAUGGAAAGUUUCCAGCAUUGCAGAACAUGACAAAUCUGCAGCCAUUGGUUUUGAGGAACAUGUCAAUAACUAAUGGGAUACCUACUUAUAUUGGGAAUAUGACAAUGCUCCAAAAGUUAGACUUGAGUUAUAAUGGCUUGACUGGACCGAUUCCAGACAACUUUGAAAGCCUAACGAAUCUUAAAUAUUUGUUCCUUAACUAUAACAAGCUAACUGGAGCAAUACCAGAUUGGAUGUUGACAAGUACUCUAAUUCGCAUUGAUAUAUCUUACAACAGUUUUAACGCACCCCAUGCACCAAGCGAUUGUUUUACAGGCUUUGCGAAUUUGGUAUCUAGUUAUUCAUCAACAGAUGACAAUUCGAUAAAAUCUUGUUUGAGGAGGAACAACCCUUGCUCUGGGAUACAUGAAAAUCACAACUUGUUUUAUAAACUGUGGCGGCCAUGCAAGAUGAUCAUUGAUGGGAAUGAGUAUCAAGAUGACACUAUCAAUCAAGGAGCAUCAGAUUACCAUUCUUUUGAUGAAGAUAAAUGGGCAUUUAGUUCUACUGGUUACUUUAUGGAUGUCGAAGACCACCCAUACAUAGCGAAAAAUGUGCUCUCCAUAUCCAGCGCUUUCGAUUCUAAUCUGAAUUGUACAUGA